UGUUUGUUUCUUAUGCUAAUAUAAUUGAGACAACACCUGAUGACCUUAACUCCGAACAAAAAAUUGAUGAAGAAACAUCAUGUAGGUUUCUUGAAGAUAAUUACGAUGCAUGCAAAAUUACUCUUCGGGAUAUUAUAGAUGAAGUUGGAAGCGAAAACAUAAAAGAAGUCUGGAGAAUCUCUGAUAUCCAUAAAGAAAAAAGGACUUAA